AUGGAUAAUGAUCAUCCACCUGCUUCAUCUGAUAUCGCCUCCAAUGCAAAAUUGACCAAUACUGCCGAGACUCCAGAAAAUACUACAACUUCAGGAAGCUCUACGAGAGAAAGUCCAAAAGGAGCACCCCAGGCUAAAUCAGCAAGUGGAAACCGAUUUCAAUGUCCUCAAUGUCCAAAGAACUUUAGUAGGAUUGAGAAUUUAACUAGACAUCAAGCAAAUCAUGAUGUGGUGGGCAAAUUUGCCUGUCCGAUUUGUAAGAAGAGAUUUACGAGAAGUGAUUUAUUGAGUCGGCAUCGUCGAAUACAUAAUGGCCCAGACAAACGUGCUGGUCCUUCGGGAUCUCACGUGAUGAACAAUUCUGUCUCGCCUGUUGCAUCUGAACCUCAGCCUAUUUCCAACCUUGUCCAUCAUGAUGAGAAGUCUAAUAAUGAGUUUGUAUCUACGCUACCGCCCAGUAUGCGAUGUCAGGUGGCUCCUCAUGACAGCUUACCACGUAUCCAGGAGGCAUUAUAUUCCGAUUCACGCUCAGCUGCGACUCAGUCCCAAGGUCUCUCGAGCCUUGUUGAAGCUGCUUUGGCACCACUCCCUCCUGAUAACUCACUCCAUGCUCCAGAAAAUUUCAAUCCCAGUGCAUGGGAUGGUUUUAUGCUUUACAAUGAUAAUCCAAGUAUCUACAUGGGACCAUAUGAUGCCGAUAUAUCUUGGACACUGGACUGCUUCAGCCAAGAUCCUUUGAGCAAUAUUGAUUCUGACUUUGGUCUUGACUUUAUCAAGUCCGAUGCCCCUGGUCAAUCGAGUGAUUUGGAUGCCGAAGGGGACGAGGAAGAUUGGCCGGAUAAAGUCAGUAGACUAGAAACUCCACCCAGAUGGGGCCCGAGGGUUAUUCCUAAACUAGGUCCAGAAUCUUGCUCCGAAUUCUUGACAACAUUUUCACCUUAUUUAACCUUUUACUCGCUGGAGCUUGGGGAGGUAAUCCUCGACUGCCAAUAUGCUAGCCUAUUUAAUGUUCAGCCAUAUAUAAGUAGAGCUGAAACCACAAAUUGUGUCUUCCCAUGUCCAGAACAACAUUGGGAAGCACCAUCACCACAGGCCUGGAAUAUCCUUUUGGGGCCAGCUGAUAUUCCACCUGCAACAUACUAUCUCCAUGCCUUGAACGGCAUCCUUCUCCAUAAAUGGACUAAGCCUCCUCCACCUGUUAUCUCGACUACAGUGUUCGGCAAAACCCUUGUUCUUUAUGGUAUACAUACUCUCAUAUUUGACUGGCGUACAUCGGUAUCUAUGUUAAAUCCUACCGGAUUAAUGGGCACAACGGGAAAUCAUGCACUAGACAUAGGCGCUGGGCUUUUGAGCAGAAGGAAAUGGUUAAUCGAUGCAUUAGAUUCAUGGAACGAAUGCUAUGGAGAAAGUUCUGGUGAACAUUCCAUAGCUGGAAGAUUGCUCUGCGCUUUGGGAUAUGUCAGUUUGGAUGUAAGCCUCAGUGAUGUUCACUUAAUGGCAGGUCGAUCUUCGAGUCGUCAAGAUUGUGAAUUCGCAGCAGUCAAUCUACGGUAUUGGGCCAACUCGGAUAUUGUAAGUGGCACAAUGAAACAUGUGUAUGGAAUGCUCAAUCUAUCCUACGAGUGCAUUCGCAUACGAGACGGAAAUGUUGUAGACGGAGUACUAGGUACCAUGGGACUGAACGGCAGGACAUUGGAAGAAGCAAGCUAUGAGAUUGCGUUGUGUCUUUUUACGGGAGGAUUGGUUUGCUGGGUUUAUAAGGAGUUGAGGACGGGAUUAGGGCCUCAGGAAAAGGAGGAAGUGAUGGAGGGUAUUAGGAGGGCGGGGAGGGGAUUGAGGGGAAUGAGGUGUUGGAGGAUGGCCGAGAUGUUUGGAAGAAUUUUGGCGACCUUUGAGUGA